AUGGCAGCAACAAUGCACGCGAAGAUGAAUCGGAGAAAGCUCGAUCAAAUCGACAUCAUCCGAAUAUGCGAAGAAAUUUUGAAUCCUUCUGUACCAAUGGCGCUGAGAUUGUCUGGAAUUUUAAUGGGUGGUGUGGUGAUUGUUUAUGAGCGCAAAGUCAGACUACUCUAUGAUGAUGUUAACCGUCUUCUGGUUGAGAUCAAUUCAGCAUGGAAGGUGAAACCUGCUGUAGACCCCACAGUUCUUCCCAAAAGCAAGAAUCAAGCAAAGUUUGAGGCUGUGACAUUGCCUGUGAAUCAUGAUGCAGAUAUUGGUGAUGUUGAGCAGUCUAUCGACUACUCUAACAAAUUUACCAGUAGUGCAACUUUCCAGCAAACUGCUUAUUUUGCCAUGGUAAGACUGGAUACUAUUGAUGAGCUCAAUGAGAGCUUCAAGGAAAAAGAACAAGAUGACAGACACCAUCAAGCUGAACGUGCUAAUAUCACCUUAGAUGACCCCUUUGAUUCAUUUCAAGUAGGAGGCGGCCUCUAUAAUCGCUUUGAAAGGUUUGAUAUUGAAGGAGAUGAGGAAACACAAAAUAACUUCCCGUCUCAUGGGCAAACAGAAAUCCCACCUGCUACUACACACUCUCCACCUCUAGAAAUGGAGCCACAGAAAGAUGAUAGAGCUGGUGACGACAUUCCUGACCAACAACCAGUAGACCAUGCUAAUUUAUCUCCUUCCCAAUUCAGGGAGGCAGGACAGCUGAUUAUCAUUAUAACCCAAUUACAGAGACCACAGAAACAUGUACAGAAGCGAAAGCCACAAAGAAGGAAAGCAAGGGAAGCUCCCCUAAUAAUGGAUAUUGAACAAACCAUGCUUCCUAGCAAUUUAUACCAAACUUGGCUCCAAGAUUCGGGUGACAUACGGGUCAAAAGGCCCAAAAUCGUAGAGCAUAACAAAGCAAAAUCAACUGUGAAGAUAGCCAAACUAGUAGACCUGCCACCAGUUGCACUAUCUUGUGGUUUAGUCGGAAAAUAUGAUGAAGUGUAUUAUCCACAACCGCUUCUAGAUCUGUGGAUGACAAGUAUACAGCCUAGACAAGAUUCACCUUCUGGAAGAACUACUUCACCCCUUCCACCAGAGCCAUCAUCAUCCUCACCUCUCCCUGGACAAGACUAUCGUGAUCCACCAGAGAUUCCAAUGGGGGAAUUUGGCAAUGGAGGUGUAACUGAAAGAGUGGCCUCACAUGAAAGAAUACGAAGCAAUGUGGCCACAGGAAUGGAGAUACCUCUCCAUGAAUUUAACCUCAUGCCUAAUGGUGUGGGCACAACAAAUCCAAAUGCUGCAGUCACUAACUCAGGAGCAUCUGUUAAAUCAUUAUCAGUUCCCAGCCCAGGUCCUGGACUUGACUUUAUGUCUAACGCCUCAGACAGCUAUUCAGAACGGUUAAGAAGGAAAAGGCCUUCAACAGAAAGAGUUAACAGCGCUGGGCUUGAGUCACUGGAUGAGGAGAACCAAUGGAUACAUGAUGCAGCAGAACUCAAUCUUUCUUUAUUUGGUGAGCGACAACCAGGCUUCAAGGUGCCUAGGCACUCUCGACAUGGUCCAACCCCUGAUCAUGAGCUGCUGGUAGAAACUGGAAUUACUCAAACUCAGCGUGCUGCAAUUGAUGAAGAAGCUGAGGUGAUGGCCAACAAUAUCAAAACGCAUUUGAAGACAUACUUCGAGACCCCAGGAGCACCUCAGACAGAAUCAUUGAACCAGCUAGCUUUUGGUAUGAACAGGAAGCAAGCUGCACAGCUUUUUUAUCAGACUUGUGUUUUGGUUACCCGUGAUGUCCUGAAAGUGCAGCAGAAUUUGGCAUAUGGAGACAUUAACAUCUCUAGAGGAGCUAAGAUGUGA